AUGGCAAUUGAUCUCGGUACAGAUUUGACCAAAGUAGCUGUCGUUAGGCCUGGGAUUCCAAUGGAGAUUGUUUUGGACAGUGGUAAGGAAUUCACUGUCGAGACUCUUCUAGCCAUGUUUUUGGAGUAUAUCAAGAAAACCGCUGAAGCUUUUGCAGACUCUCAAAUGAAAACCGCUGUGAUCACCGUACCUAGCUACUUUACUCAAGCCGAAAGACGUGCAGUCCUGAGAUCUGCGGGCUUGGCCAAUAUUGAAGUGAUUCAGCUCAUUGAUGACAAUGUUGCUGUCGCACUCGACUACAUUCGUCCUAGAGUUAAACUGGCCGAAGAAAAACCUGUCUACCUCUUCUUCGAUGUUGGAGCAACAGCGACUACCGCUACUCUUGUUUCUUAUCAAAUGGCUCAGGUGAAGGGUGAAUCGUCCGGUGAACAUCCUCAUAUCUUCGUUCUUGGUGCAGCGAGUGACACUGCCCUCGGAACUAAUGCAUUCAUUGACCGGCUCCAGGCUCACUUAAUAAAACGAUUUAAGGCGGUCCACAACCUGGAUGUCGACAUCAGUAAAAACGCUCGCGCCGUUGCAAAAUUCAGACGGGAGGCCAGUCGUGUUUUUAAAAUCCUCAGUGCCAACAAGGAAAUACAGGCCUCGGUAAAUUUUGCCCCUUUCCGCUUCAAAAAGGCAAAUGCAUAUGCUUUUGAGGUUUUUAUUGGUAGGGUCUGUUAA